UAAAGGAGGAGUCACAUGAUCAGCACUGUACAGGCAUUCAAUCGCUGCAAACAUCCAAGGACCGUGGCAACAGUAAUUACACAUGAGCCAGAAGAAGACCGGGGCCGGAGGAGGGGACUGCGGUAUUGGCGGCACCUGGGGAGCGGUGAAAGAACCAUGGAAAUGCCGGAUUAUGGACAAGCUGCUCCACUUCUCCAUUCAGGAUACCCGAUGAACCCAGCAAUGCCUCCUGGGCCACCUUACCCAGUUGCUAUGAACCCUGCAGUAGCUCCAGGCUAUUACCCUUCUGUCAACACACAUGCACCUCAGAUGGCACCUUAUCCCCAGUUUUCUGGCGUUCCUGGCUAUGAGGGGCUGGAUGGUACUGACAAUGGUGGUAAAUAUCUACCACCCCCACCAGCUUUUGGAGCAGAACCUGGCCAUUUACCUGUUCCCACAAGCAAGGACUGGUUGAUUCCAUCCAUCAAUAAUGAGACUGCAAAGCAUGCCUUGCUGGAUUAUGCCAAUAGUAAGUGUUGUUACGGGUCAAGCCCAGCAGAAGAGAUGGAAAUUACUCAACUCAGGCCAUACAACACCUAUCGGUAUCGCCUGGAAACGUUUACAGAGUCUCGGUCAUGUGAAUGGGUGACUAAGCCCCUGACUGAGGGCGUUCUUGACUCUCCUGAAAAAGGUCCUGCUCCUCAGCCCUGGGAAAUCCAUGUGAAAACUCCAUCUCUUUUCCACGAUGAAACUCAAAAAGUGCCAGUUCCUCAUACGACUUCCAAGAAGUCCUGCCAAGAGUGCAAUGGAAAAGGAAAGAUCAUCUGCCAGAAAUGUAAUGGAAAUAGUCGGGAGAGAUGUGAGCACUGUAGUGGAUCUGGAAAGCGCUUAGAGGAAGAGUGUGAACACUGCGAUGGGACUGGAAAUAUAGGAUGCAAAACCUGCAACCAGACCAAUGUCCAGACUUGUCCAGGCUGCAGUGGAAAAGGCCAAGUGAUGACAUACAUUGAGAUGACUGUAACAUGGAAGAAUAAUGUUUUCGAGUUCAUCCCCGAUCACCAUUCAGAAUUCCCGACCGACCUCUUCAAGAAAGUGACUGGGGAGAAGAUGUAUUCAGAUGAGCAGCUACUGGUUCCUCCUAUCAUCAAUUUUCCCGAGCCGUCUAUAAAUCAGACCUCUCAGACUGCGGUACAGCAGCAUUACUCCCAGUUCAUGUCCUCAAGUCGGAUCCUGAUGCAGAGACAAACCAUUGAGCUGCUGCCGCUCACUAAGGUUGAGUACAGCUGGAAGGGUAAGAACUGCAAUUACUUUGUGUAUGGACGGGAGAAUAAAGUGGAGACCAAGGAUUAUCCAUCUACGUGCUGCUGCGUCAUCCUGUGAUAAAUUCUAAUAAAGAAUCACAAUAUAGAAUUGUAAUCCGCCACCUGAUUAUUGGCCCUAUGUUAGUGGAUGUUGCUAAAUGUUAUAUACUGUCUGGCUGCUAAAAUACUCUGGAUGCUAUAGAUUUGUAUUGUAUGUGAUCUGCACAGUGUUUUUAUACUUUUUUUAUUUUCCUUAUUUUAAACCUGUAGUUGCUUCCUGUAUUCCGGAGUAGCAAAUAUUAAUUGUUAAUUUGGCUUCUGUAAAGCUGUUUGAAUAUUUUACCAAGUUACCAAUAUGCUAAAUUCCAACGACCAAUAUGACUGCCAGCAUACCUCUUUAAUUGGUUGGCAGACAUGCUGCCAUAGUGCUGAAUGGUUAUUCUGCCCAGGGAAGUGAUGGUAUAUGAAUUUAAAAUGCACUACUGCAUACCUGUUUAGCAUUGACAGUAAGGAGUCUGGGAUCCCUGAUAAACAACCCAUGGGGGUGAUAAUUUAUUCAUUACCUGAAAUAAAAAGAACUUACAGCUGUAUAAAGCUUUACUUGCAUAUUGGUUGUCACCAAGCUUUCCCAGAAACUGAUCUAACCUAUAAUGGAUGAACAGAAGAAUAACUGGAUAUAAGGCAACUGAAGGUUUUAUAUUUACUGGAUUUUUCCUAUUAUUAUUAUUUUUUUUAUUGAGGGGGUACCCUUUAAUUUUAAAGGGAUUGUCUGAUCCCCAGAGAACUAUACUGAAAACAUAUAUGCAAAGAGUGUUUUACUGUGUUGUUUAAAGAACUAGAUCUGCUACGUUCCUGUGUCCUAGCAUGUUUCAGUUUUUGUUCCUAUUUUAUGAUUGUACAGUAAAGGCAUCACUACCUGUUAUAGUAUCAGUGCAACCGCUGUGUAUGUCAAUGAGUUUUGUUUUAGAUACUCUUGUUUUCUUAAAGAAUCCUUUUUAAAAUAAAUACAUUUUUAA